AUGAGAGAUUUUAGCCCGCCACCAUUACGCGCACCCAAGGCGUGCGUGGCGUGUAAUAAAAAGAAGGUUCGGUGCAUCUUUCAAGGCUCUACAAGCUCUUGCUUGAAUUGCUUGCGGCACCAAUGGCCCUGCUGCCAGCGAGAGCGCAAGCGCAAACGCCAGAGAGCUCGUGAUGGUGAAUUCGACAUUGAGCCUGUCAAGGAAAGACAACAUCGACGCCAAUCGACUUGGAAUAAAGGCGAGUCUGUGAACUUACAAACCUCAAGAAAUGCCGCUCGUUCUUCAAUCGAACAUUCCGAGGAGGAAACUAGUGCACUAAACAUCUCGGGUGACGAGGAGAGGUCGAGAUUUACCGAAUCCCCUCACGCGUCCAACCCAUAUUCAUCAGCGUCUAGUCUGAGUUUUAUGGCGCGUUCAAGAUAUUUCGAAGAUACUGUGGUUAUCAAUGAAGACCACGCCGGGUCAUAUCCCUUGGGAGAGGCCGAUGGCCCUUCCGAUGAUGAGAUCCAAAUACUCCGGCUGCAAGGGGCAUUUGAGCUUCCCCCACGCGCAAUCCGCGAUGGCUUGAUCAACACAUUUAUGGAACGGUGCUCACCAUGGAUGCCUAUUGUUGAACGUAGCUGGCUAGAGGAAAGUGGUGCCCAGAAACCUUCAAUCCUCCUUUUGCAAUCAAUAUUCGUCGCAGCAAGCCGAGUCAGUUCUGCUCCAGCCGUCAGUGCGUAUGCAUCGCCUCAUCAAUUCUAUCGCCGUGCAAAAGCCCUGUUUUGGUCCGGAUAUGAGAAGAAUCCAGUGGCUGUCGUCGCAGCUGUAUGCAUCUUGCAUUGGUACAAUCCGGAAGGCCCUGAACAUGUCUCGACUAACACCAGCGGUUUCUGGCGGUACGUUGGGGUAGGACUAGCUCACCAAAUAGGUCUGCACAAGGAGCCCACGAACAAGAGAGAAUCUGGACUCAGGCGUAGGCUUUGGUGGACUCUAUUUGCCAGGGACUGCUUGAUUUCUGCAGGACAAGGGCGUCCACUUGCAGUCAACAUAGAUGAUUGUGAAUUAGCACCCCCGUGCCUGGAAGACUUUGAUGACUCUAGCUCGGAUGGUACUCUUUUUAUUGCCUAUGUCGAGAUUGGCUCUAUCCUUGGCCACCUCACCCAGUGUUAUCGGCGCAAGAGUUUCACACGGCACAUGCAACAGAGUAUCGAAAAUCGCCUCUACCGCUGGAUGCAAGAUCUUUCGGCUUCCCUGAGACUCUUCAAUCCUCACGCGCCCCCAUCUGAAUGGGAGGCUUCGCAAAAUUCUCUAGCUCCCUAUCGCUUUGAAGCCCGCCAGCUCCACAUCCCCUACUUCAUCUGUCUCGCUAUCAUGUGCCGUCCCAGUCCGGGAAACUCACCAUCUCCAGCGGUGGUGCUCGCGUCUUCCUUUGUAGCCGGCAUAUUCGAGGAUUUCCUUGCCCGUGAUGAGAUUCAGUUCUUGGGCCCGAUCUUCACAUUCCACUUGCUGGCAGCCGGCAUUGGGUUACUCUCGUGUCGCAACGUACCCGCAUUAUGGGUGAAGGCAGCCGCUGAUCUGGAGACUAUCUACUUGUCUCUGGAAGUUCUUGCCAAACGUUGGUCCUCCGCCAAAGGAAGCCUCAGGGCCUUGAGGAGUAUUGCCGAGAAGCAGCAACGAACGACAAGGUCAGAGACGACCUCUCUGCAGAUGCUUCCUCGAGAACACCAACCAUUCUUCAAGCAAUUUGGACCGGAUCUUUCUUGGGCCUGGCGGUUUUUUAUGGCCUCAGAAUCCACCCCUACAAUCCAAAAUCCACUUGAUGCUUCACCGAUUGCCGAGGCCGGCGAUUUCCCCCCUGAAGGGUUUAUCAAAUCCCGUCCACCGGAUGUCGUGCCAGCUACGAAAGAACACCGGCCACUGAAUUCGAUUUUGGAUCCUCAUAUGGGAUUCGCAAUGGGAAAUACGCCAGGGGCAAUAACCGAUGAGUUCUUCUACAAUGAAUACCAGGGUAUGGGUGAUUGGCUCUUCGAAGACCUGGAAUGGACUGGCGAUAUUCAGUGGUAG